UAAGCGUCAUAAAUAAUAGACAAUUGUCCGGACUUAAUAAUGAUUAAAACUUAAUUGAAGGGCUAUUUGAAACCAAUCGCAAAGUGGUUGAUUUUAUCAACAUAAUGAUAUUAAAUUACACUUUUAAACGACGUGUGUUCAGUAUCGUAAUAUCGAUUGCCUUCUGUGCUUCUGUGCAAACAUAAAUUGUAUUUAAAUAAAAAUUAUUCGUGUUCAAUCUAAAACAUAAAGUUAUGCAUUACUCUAAUAAGUACACUGCUAAAAUUACUCCAGUUAGACUGAACAAUUUCUUGGACAAUAGGUUCUAUAUAAUACGUCAGCUUAGGCCUCUUAUCAUAUUUCAAGCUUUGCUGGGAGUUAGUCGUCUUUACCUAUUAAAACCUAAAAAAAUCUUCGAAUGGCUGAGCUACUGCUUCAGCUUCUUGGCUAUGCUGCUCCUCUGUUACUCAUUAUUGCAAGAUAACUAUGUUGGCGCGACUUACAUAGUGUUUAAGUGCACUUCUUGUAUUGAAUUUCUUAUUUUAGUCUUGACUUCAAUACUCCUACAAAGACGAUCGAUGACAGAGUUCUUUAAAAACUUGGAAGCUUUUGACAGAAUCAUGAAUAUCCAAAAAGACGUUGUUAUCACUGUGCCUAUGCACAGACCGAUACUCUGGUUAAUACUGAGUACUUUUAUUACUACUAUUGAGUUUUUUGUCCUUUUUGAAUCAAGUUUCGCGUAUUCGAUCACUAAUUUGACUAUAAUGGUCCACGAUGCUGAGCAAGUAUUCUUUGGGACAAUGCUGAGAACAAUUCUCCAGCGGGUUCGUAUAGUAAAGGCGCGUGUAAUAAAGGUGUGCGAUAGGACUUCAGAAGAGACAAGAAAGCGUAAGAAUCUAGACAAGGUGGAAGCUUUAUCGAGGAAAUCUGAACACGGUAUAAGUUCCUUGCACGAAGUGUACGAGUCCUUACACAAAUGCGCCGAACAACUUAACUCUGUGAUGAGCUUUCCGAUAAUGACGAUGCUGCUGGCAUCUGGGCUGUCGACGAUAAUCUUGUUAAAAUACGCGUUCUCAAUUUUUCAAGCCAACGACGAGUCAAAAGAUCUGCUGUUAUUGGUAUACAUCUUUAUCAGAUGUUUGAAGUACACGAUUUUGGUGAUUAUACCGUGUUAUUACUCGAGCAAGACCACAACGCAAGUAUCCAUCAUACGGAAAACUCUUCACGAUGCGCUGAACAAUGAUCAGUACGUAUUUGUUUCAGAUAAGAUAGACUGCCGCCGUUUGAAGGCGUUUUUCCAGCUGACCCGUGACAGUGAGUUUGCGUAUGCGCUAUGGGGCGUAAUCAACCUCAACAUGUCGCUGCCGCUCAGCUACAUCAGCCUCUGCACCACCUACUUAGUCAUCAUCAUACAGUUCUCCAAGUUCAUUGACUAAUGACAUCAGAUAGCGACUACGUGCGUGCCGUGGCAUAAGAUGUGAUCAAUC